AAAAACUACCGCCUGUGUUCCGGGUGUCCGUCGGUCAAAGCGGUCCGGGUCGGUGUGUCGGUGCAGCGGAGUGAAACUGAAGGUUUUGCUCCUAAAGCCUUGUGUUUAAGGUGAAACCUGAUGUCAUGGCUCACAUCACCAUCAACCAGUACCUGCAGCAGAUCUACGAGGCCAUCGAUAACCACGACGGUUCGUUCUGCGCUGAGCUCCUGUCCUUCAAACAUCCCCACGUGGCCAACCCCCGCCUUCAGCUGGCGAGUCCCGAGGAGAAAUGUCAGCAGGUUCUGGAGCCGCCGUACGACGAGAUGGUGGCAGCUCACCUCAGGUGUACCUACGCUGUGGCCAAUCACGACUUCAUUGAGGCCUACAAGUUCCAGACGCUCGUCGUUCAGUCCUUCCUCAGAGCCUUCCAGUCCCACAAAGAGGAGAACUGGGCACUGCCGGUGAUGUUCUCCAUCACUCUGGAUCUGAGGAUCUUCGCCAACAACGCAGAGCAGCAGCUGCAGAAGAAAGCUAAAGGUCAACCAGGAGAGAUGCUGGAGAAAGCAGCAGAACAGCUGAUGAGCUGCUUCAGGGUGUGUGCCAGUGACAAUCGUGCAGGAAUUGAGGACUCUAAAAAAUGGGGGAUGAUGUUUCUGAGCAACCAGCUGUUCAAGAUUUACUUCAAGAUCAAUAAGCUCCAUCUGUGUAAGCCUCUGAUCAGAGCCAUCGACAGCUCCAACCUGAAGAACGACUACAGUCCUGCUCAGAAGGUCACCUACAAAUACUACGUGGGCCGCAAGGCCAUGUUCGACAGCGACUUCAAACCAGCUGAAGAGUUCCUGUCCUUCGCCUUCCAUCACUGCCAUCGGUCGAGUCAGAAGAACAAGAGGAUGAUCCUGAUCUACCUGCUGCCAGUCAAGAUGCUGUUGGGCCACAUGCCGACCCAUCAGCUCCUCAGGAAGUACGACCUCAUGCAGUUUGCUGACGUCACCAAGGGCGUGAGUGAAGGAAACCUGCUGCUGCUGAACGAAGCUCUGAACAAACAUGAGACAUUCUUCAUCCGCUGUGGCAUCUUCCUGAUCCUGGAGAAGCUGAAGAUCAUCACCUUCAGGAACCUGUUCAAGAAAGUGUAUCUCCUGCUGAGGACCCACCAGCUGCCUCUGGAUGCCUUCCUGGUGUCUCUGAGGAUGAUGCAGGUGGAGGACGUGGACAUUGAUGAGGUUCAGUGCAUCCUGGCCAACCUGAUCUACAUGGGCCACAUUAAAGGCUACAUCUCCCAGCAGCACCAGAAGCUGGUGGUCAGCAAACAGAACCCGUUUCCUCCUCUGUCCUCGGUCUCCUGAACCCACAAUCCUCUGGGCCGCUGCACACCUCAAUCCUGCUUUUCUACUCUUUUAUUUUGUACUGUUGAAUUAAACUGCUAGUUUGUAGAACAUC